CCCCGCAGCCGGGCGGGGCUCUCCGGCUCCGGCCGUUGGGGGGACCCGAGCGGCGCUGCAGGCCGGGGAGCUGCGGGCCCGGCCCUGUCCCUGCCCGGCGCCUACUGGCUGGAUGCGGAGCCCCCCGCUGCAUCUCGCGCCCGGGGGGCAGCUGAAGGGCCGCGCGCUUGGGCCCCAGCUCCGGGUGCCGGGCUCCCACUGCUAACACCCCCCCAGCUGUGGGGUAGUGUCUGAGGGCUGGUGCUUUACCCUGAGCCUUCACCCCGUGUCUGCCGUCUGGCAGCACCAGCCUGGGGGGGCCUUUACAUUCACCAAGGGCAACUGAAAUCUUAACCUGACAAUGGCUCCAUUACCGGGGGCUGAAUUAGUCCAGAAGCCUUUGCAGUUAUACCGCUACCUGCUUCGAUGUUGUAAGCAGCUUCCUACGGAAAAUAUCCAACAGCAUUACAGACAUGCAAUCAGACAGAGUUUCCAAGUUCAUGCAGAUGAAGACAGUCCUGAGAGAAUCCAGCAGAUUAUUAAGAGAGCCAUUGAAGAUGCUGACUGGGUCAUGAAUAAAUAUAAGAGACAGAAGUAGAAAGAAGGGGAUGAAGAGAAGAUGCUCAUCAGUACAGAUCCUCAGAGUCCAGGCAAACAAGCCCAGUUGUUUGUAACAGUGCCAUGUUGUAAACUGUGCCUGCAAGUUUCUCCUGGUGUAAAAUGGUUUGUCAUCAUACUUACCUCACUGGGUGUCAUGGGUUAAUUCAUCUUUCUGAAGCUCUUUGGGAUAAUUAUAUAGUUAAAAAAACCCUUGGCUAAAGAGCUAAAUUUCCCCACUAUUUUUUUUUGGCUGGAGGGAGUGGGGGAGGUGGGAAGCAGAGAGGGAGUUCAGAUCUCAUGUUUUGGGUUGGUUCAUCCUAUGAGAGAGACAGGAGCUGGCUGCAGAGGCUCUAUCCUGCUAGUGGAUAUUAUUGCAACAUCAGAGCCUAAGAUUAGAUUAAGAUCUAAAAUGCAUCCAAGUUUUGUAGGGUUGGGGUUUUUAGCUGCUGUUUAUAAAUAAUAGCCGGACCCAAACAAUCUAACAUCUAUUUUUUUUUAUUAAUAAUGGCAAUCCUGCAUUGCUGUUAUAAAUCAAUGGCCUAUCAGAGGUGAAUAAAUUGGAUACCGGCAUUUGCUGCAGACUAAAGAAAGAGGGCAGUCUACCGACUACACCAAGGAAAUUCAAAGUCUAGCCCUUGACUAGUUCUAAUAUAUUUACUCUUGGCAGCAU